AUGGCAACUCUACGACCCAUCCUUGUGAAGAGCUGGUACCUGGCCACUCUACCAUUUCGCAUCCUCGGCAUUUGCCUUUACUAUUCAAUCCCCUUCGCCCGUCCCUAUCCCGGUUGGACAUACCACCAAGCAAUUGGCCUGAAGCUAUUUGACCUAUGGUGGCGCUAUAGUCUCGCCACGGACUUUCACGCUCACAAAACCCUCUUUCCGGGGGACGAAAAAGAUCGUUUCAUCGUCAUGCAGCCAGCUCCCAGCACCAAAACCCGCAAUUACUACCGUGGCAUCCUCCUCACCAACCCAGCAAUUCGCCCACUUCCCAUCGGAGCCGUGUGGUACUCCACCGCACCCACAUCUCCAAAGGGUCCCUUCCCCGACGGAAUAGUCCUACACUUCCACGGAGGCGCCUACGUGAUGGGAGGCGCACGUCCCCCGGAGGGCGGAUGGGGUCCUGAUCAACUCAGCGGCAUUCUGAACAAGCCCGUGCUACAGGUGCAAUAUCGACUAGCCGGACCCACGCCCGCUGCCUCCACGCACACCUGCUUCCCAGCCGCCCUUCAAGACGCCAUCACGGCUUAUGCCUACGUCUUGGACGUCCUCCGCGUCUCGCCUCAGAAGCUCAUCAUCUCCGGAGACUCCGCCGGCGCCAGUCUAGCCCUCACAGUACUACGUUACCUCGCCACAGAAUCAAAAACAGAUGGCAACCACCACCUCCCUCUCCCUCUCCCCCGAGCAGCCUUCCUCUGGAGUCCCUGGCUAGAUCUCUCCCCAACGACAGCCGCCAAAAUCAACCAUCACCGUAACGCCCGCAGCGACUAUCUCACCGGUUCUCUAGCCGAAUGGGGCGCCAGUUGCUACGCCCCUAUUGAGGAAAACGCCCGAGAACAAGCCUGGUUGAGUCCCCUAGGCCGGGAAUUUCCUACCAUCUCUACGGGAAUCUUCGUGCAGACGGGUACAGCGGAGGUCAUGGUGGAUGAGAACCUGCAGAUCGUGGAGGAGAUGAAGAGCAUUGGCAAUACGGCGAAAGCGUGGGUGGUUGAGGGGGCGACGCAUAAUAUCUUCGCGGCGGGUCAGAUUCUGGGGAUGAUGGAUGAGGCGAGGGGGGCGAUGAGGAUGGCGGGGGGAGUUUGCUGA